AUGGCAGAGCGCGGCGACGACGCCAGCCUUGGCGCGUACAUCAAGCUCGCGCUCGACCUUGAAAAGUGCGAGGCGUACAACCCGACGCAGUGGCGUCACGUGCUGCAGCGCUCCCAUGCGCGCCUGGACGCACCAAAGCGGUCCAAGAAGCGGCCGCGCGACGUGCCCGCACCGCGUCCAUCGCUCGACGCCUACUUGCACCAGCCCGCCAUGGUCGCCGAGUUGCUCCAACCGGCGGCGCUUGAAACGUCGCCGACGCGCCAUGGCAGUCUGCGCGGCGCGCGGCGGUGCAGCAGCACGCCCGUCGUCGCCCCACUGCAAGAGGCGCUCUCGCUGCCCAUGUUGCACGUGCUGACGCCGCGAACGCGGCAGUGGGUCGCGCGCUUGCCCAAGCCUCGCGAGGCCGACCUCGCAGCCGUCAACCAGCUCGAAGCGUUUGCGGACGAGGCCAUUCACGCGCGCCACGUCACGUCCUUGGGCCGGCUCCACCACCGCCACAACGUGUAUGGCAAUCUGCAGCGGGGCACGAGUCCCACCAAGCCAGUCUUGCUCGGUCGACGCCGGCAACGCAGUGCGCCGGCACUCGCGAUCGACGCUGUCGAGCGGAGUCGCAUGGCGCUCGAAGACGUCAACGUGCUUUUGCGCUCCCGGCGUGAGACUACCGCGCGCCGGUCCACGCUACUGAUGACACCAUCGACGCGGUCUCUGUCACACGACACGGAAGCCAACGACGCCAAGCAAAUGCAACACAAUGAUUGCGACGUCUCGGACAGCGUUCUGGCCACGUGGCUGGCGUGGCACCGCGAACUAGAGAAACAGCAUUUGACCUACGUGCACCAGCAGCACGCAUCGCACCUAGCCGACGCAAAGAUGCAAGAGGGCCGCGUGACCGCGGCCACCACGUCGCUCCACUCGGCGCUCGACAGCGUCCAGCGCUGGCUGCCCCUGGAUGUCUUGUAUGGGUUUGGAAAAGGCCCAUACGCGUCCAAGCAUAUCCACCAGGCGAUGGACCGCGUCCAUGCAGCGCUGGUCCGCAUGCGCUACAACGCCCUUGUCUACGGCUUUGCAUCUUGGCGCACAAGCACGCUUGCAUGCCGCGUCAUCGCUUACAGCGCGGCGGCCCUUGUUGUCCAAUGCGCGUGGCGCCAAGCUGUCGCCCGCCACGAGCGCCGCCUGCGACGCCACUUGGUCGAGCAGCAGCGAGAACGCGAGGCGCGUCUCCUUGCGCGGCUGCUCACAAAGAAGGACGCCGCCGCGCGCGUGCUCACGCGCGCGGUUCGCAGCUAUGCUCUUGCGUGUGCCCGCGCGCGAGCGGCAGCCCGCAUUUCGGCGGCCAUCCGCCUGCAGCGGUUUUACCGCCAGCGCACGGCGCUCUGGGCGCGCUUUCUACAGCUGGUGCGGCGCCAAAAAGAGACGGCGGCAUCGAUCACGCUGCAGGCAUAUGUGCGGGGCUGGCUCGCCCGACGGCUCCGGACACUGCUGCGAAAGCUAGAGGCAGUGGCACUGCGUGCGCAGUACGCGGCGGCGGUGGCGGCGACCAAAGCGUACGACGUGCGCUUGAUCGGCGCCGUGUUGCUCGUGCAGCGGACUGUGCGCAAGCGCCGGGUUGCACGCAAGGCCAAGUUUGCGGCCAUGCGUCGACGCCACGCCAAGAGCGUCCUCAAAGUGAUCCAACUCCAAGCAUGGUGGCGCAUGAUGGCUGCAUAUCGACUGCGUCGACGGUAUGCGCUUCGCAUGGGCCCCGCGGCCAGCAUCAUUCAGCGUGCGUACCGCCGGUAUCGAUCCCAGUGCCAGUUGAAACAGCUCCAGAAGGCGCGCGCCAAGGCCAUCAAGGCGCGCAAGCUCGCUAAAAAAACGUUUCGAAAAGACCAGCGCCAGCUCACUCGGCAGCGGUCGCAAGCCAAAGGCGUCAACAAACUACUGCUGCAAGUCACCGACACGGUCACCAAAGCCUGGCGUGAACCGUCGCUCGAGCAAAAGCACAAGGCGGCCACAACGCUCCAGGCUGCGUUGCGUGGUGCCACGACCCGGCGCCGCGUCCGGCGACUGCGCAAGCGGUCGGAUGAAGCGACGCGCCGGCGUCACCGGCGGCAACAGCACGUGGCCGCAACCGCGAUCCAGCGCCUUGUGCGCGGCAUGCUCGGCCGACUGCGCUACUGGCGCCUCAAGGUGCACGCGUACGCACGCCGGAUCCAAGUGCUCUUUCGCAGUCGCAAGGCGCGCCAGGCGAUUCUCGACCUACAGCGCUACGUCCAUGCCGUGGGCCUCAUCAAGCGCCAUUGGCUACAAAAGAAAAGCCUCGUCGGCUUUCGGCGCAAGCGGCGUGCGGCCGUGCGGAUACAGGCCGUCGCUCGCAUGUUUUUGCAGCAGCGUGUGUUCCUGCGCUUGGUGCAAAUGCGGCAGCGGCGACUCGAACUGCAUGCCAUUGGCGCGGUGCGGCUACCGUCGACACUGCGCUUCGUCCAAGACACAUUGCUGCUCUGGAGCUACCAGUUUCCGUACGUGGCGUCGACCAAGGUGGCCCCAAAUGCGAGCGUCCAGCGGCCGCUGCAGUCCCGCGUCGACGGCAAGACGUGGGUCACCAAUGGGUGCUACGGUGUGUGGCAGAGCUUCUUCUUGGCGCUGUGUCGCUACGGCAACACGCCCGACGCGACAGAAAUCGACAACAUGCGGUUUUCCAAAUUCUUCAAGGACACGCCGGGCGCGCUGCACAAGGUGCACUUGCCACUCCACGCGGUCGACGUCGCGUUCGCCAACGUCAAAGUCGGCAAGGCGCGCUCGAUUCCAUUUUCAGCGUUCCACACGGCGAUGAACCAUCUCCUGUCGGCGCGGUUGCCAGAGCCCACGUUGCAACCCUCAACGCGGUAUCUGCUCUUUCUGCAAAAGUACGUGCUCCCGUCCAAGCUGGGCGAGCCGUUCCGACUGCAACUCGCGGCAUUGGCCUCCGACCGCGCGCACUGGGCGGCCCACGUCAUCCAAACCACGUUCCGACACGGGCUCCAGCGCGCCCGCCGCGCCGUGUUCCUCGUCCGCUUCCGCGACGCCCAAGUCCGCAAGGCGCAGGGCACCACUGCGUUACUGGUACAAAACUGGUGGCGCAGCCGCCGUGCCCGGCUCCAGUUCGACGCGCUCGUCCGGGAAACGUACGUCGAGUACGUGAAUUGGAAGUCGGGCGCCAAGUCGUACAAGAACCUCGUCACGGGCGUGACAACGUACUCGCGGCCUGCGCUGCUGCGGGACAUGGCCCCCAACGUCUCGAUCCAGCUGCCGCCGCCCGACGAAGAGUACAUUGUCUAUUGUACGCUGCGCCACGAGUCGACGCCCAGCGAGAAAGCGACCAUCUACUGUCUCGAGUGCGACGAUGCGGUCUGCGCCGACUGCUUUGCCCGCGACCACAAGCGCGCUGCAUUUGCUUCGCAUGCGACUCUCCCGAUCGCGCUCUGCCGUCUCUGCACGACGCAGACCGCGACGCGCCAGUGCAACCAAUGCAUCGACGGCCAUGCGCCGUACUGCGACGCGUGCUACCCCCACUACCACCGCACGCGGCCGCAUACGUUCACACCGCUUGUCGCGCUCUGCGUCGAGUGCCAAGCCAAGGUUGGCGCGUGGCGGUGUACUGUCUGCACCGACUAUUUUUGCAAAAAAUGCUACUCGAGCUUUCAUCGCAAGGGCCAGCGGCAGCACCACGGAAUCGAACGCGUCGCGUACCUGCCAACAGCAGCCAAGGCGAUUCUGGACGCGCGGGCAAACGACGCGGCGCGGCGUGCGCAGGCGAGCGUCGUCAACAGUGUCGUGUCGGCGCAGCUCAGCGAGCUCGAGUUCGCUAAGCAAGACGUGGCGGCGCGCAUGAUCCAAGCAGCGUUUCGCGCGAUGAAGGGGCGCGUCGAGGGCAAGUCGUACAUGAAGCUGAUUCGCCGGACCAACUGGAUCGUCCAGCAGCGGGUCAAGGACGACGUGGUCCGAAGCGGCCUCGCGUACAAGCUGAAGAAAGCCAUUGGCGUCGCGCAGGUGCUGGCGUCGGAUACGGACGCCGAAGCCGCCGCGGUUGCCGCACGCAAAGCCGCCAUCAAGGACGCACUGGGGCUCUCUACGUACGACUAUAGCAACGGCCCCCCGCCAUGGUGCACGUACGACGCACCGGUGCUCGUCACGCGUGGCGAGUUCAAGGCGUGCGCUGCCACUGUCGUCUCGACCAACACGCUUGCCGCGUCUGGGAACGUACUCGUCUUUAUCGCGGAUGCACACAAGUCGGUGCUUCUUCCGCUCCGGGACCUUCGCCCGAUCGACCGCGAGAGUGGCGGCCCCCUCGGGCGACUGACACAAUCGCUGGCCGCGGCGUCUCACAAAGUGCAGACUAAAGUCCUCGCCAAGGUCGAGGCGCAGAGCUUUGCAAUCAAGCUUUUGCACCACCGCACUCACUAUAAAGACAUUGAAGAGUACGCGUGGCUACCGUCCCGCGACCACGUGACAGGUCACGACACGUACUGGAACGUCGUGUCCAACUGCACGACGAAUACCAAGCCGCGGUCGUUGGCGGCCCUCGACACGAUGGAGGCGACGGCAAAGGCCGAGAUGCUCGACCAGGUCCUUGACGCCAAGACCAAACUCAUUGCGCUCUUGCGCAAGACCGAUCGCGGCGCGGGCGACCGUCGCGGCAGCUUUGAUGCGGCCGCCCUCGACGCCAACGAGGUGCGCCAGCUCCACGACGCACUGUUUUGGGCCGAUCAUAUGCACGGCCACCCGCGGCUCGGAAAAAAGGCUCAGGACCUCACCAACCACCUCAGCACGACGCAGUUGAUGCACAUCGUUCAGUUUUUCAAUCGACUGCAGAGUGCCGUGACGGCAGACCAAUGGGACACGUCGUUGCUGCAGCUUGUGGGACUCCCGCGCGACGACAAGGUGCAGUUUGCCUCGCAGUGCGCCGAGAUGGGCAUCGAAGACGGCAUCGCGUCGCUCGAGAGUCUCGCCGGCGCCAAGACCAAGAACGCAGCUGCCUCGGCGGACGCCGACGUCGAGUAACGUUAGAACCAGACACGUAGCGUCCGAAAUGAAAAAUUGUCACGA